UAGUGUUGGUAACCGAGUGCAUCGUGGAUGGAACGUCCGGCUACUUUGUUUAUUUAUUGUUAUUAAUUAGGAAGCAUGCCAAUCGUGGUGAUUACGGGCCUGCCGGCCAGCGGAAAGAGCACACGUGCUCGCCAGCUGCGGGAUCAUUUCGUGGAGCGCGGCAGGAAGGUGCACUUAAUCAGCGAAAACGAGGCAGUGCCCAAGGCGGGCUUUGGAAAGAAUUCCCAUACAGGUGAUUCGCAGAAGGAGAAGGUGGUACGUAGCGAUCUUAAGUCGGAAGCCUCGCGUCACCUCAACCAGGACGAUCUGGUCAUCUUGGACGCCGGGAACUACAUCAAAGGCUACCGCUACGAAUUGUUCUGCAUGUCCAAGGUGUCAAGGACCACCCAGUGCACUGUGUUUACCUGCAUACCCCAGGAGGAGGCGUGGACCUUUAAUAGCCGACGAACGGCGCCAGAUGAGCUGCCCGGCGACAGUGAAACGGUGCAGCCGGUGGACAACUCGGAUGUUCCCUACACCAGAGAGACUUUUGAUGCUCUGUGCCAGCGCUACGAGGAGCCGCAGAGCAACAACCGUUGGGACAGUCCGCUGGUGGUAGUCUUGCCCAAGGACACGCUCGACAUGGAGGCCAUCUACAACGCUUUGUACGAGUCCCAGCCACUUCCACCCAACCAGAGUACUUAUAAUGCGCCGCUGGGAGCAACCAACUACCUGUUCGAACUGGACAAAAUCUUGCAGGCGAUCAUAAAGGAGAUCCUCGGCGCGGUCAAGAUCAAGGCCUUCGGCCAGCUGCGCAUCCCGGGGAGCAGAAAUCCCGUGAAGGUCGCCACUUCGAUGAAUGCCCUUCAGCUGAACCGCCUGCGCCAGAAGUUCAUCACGAGCACGUGCCACGCCAGCCAGACGUCUCCCACUCCGCUGGAGCAGGUGCCGCAUUUAUUUGUGCAGUUCAUCAAUGCCAACACGAUCGGCUGCUAGCACUGUGAUUGCGGCAAGACAAAUGCUAAAAUGAAGUUCUUACCUCGGGCAGCAGGAUAAUGUUUUUAGGCUGAUGUCAACACAAUUUAAUGUGGAAAUCAAAUAAAAUAUGUAGCUUAAAUACUAA